AGGCAGGGGGCGGGGUUCAGAGAGGUACCCAUGAGAUGUUUGGAGACAUUUUUAUCAAAUUAUUUAUUUAAAUAAAAAUGGCCGCCGUAGAGAGCGGAGAGGAGAAACUUUCUGAACUGGUCAGCAGGGUAGCUUACUGAAAGAAGCGUUCUGAAUACGUCACCAAGUUAUAGCUAAGUAUUUCCCUUACUUUACAAGAUCAUGGCUGAGCGAAGAAAUUCUCAGUUAGCUAACGUAUGUGGUUGUGGGGGGUGUGUGUGGGUGUGUCAUUUUCUGACCUCACUGAAAACAGAGCAGUAGAUGUGUUAAGAUAUUAACUGUCAAAAUAGAUUUGUCCGCAUCCUCCACCCUCGUAACCAAUUUGGCAUGCUGCUAACGGGCUGGCUAAAUAGCUGUAGCUGGAUACAUUGUAGCGUCAGCUGGUUACAUACCUUGCCAUUUGACAUGGUAAUGUGGCAACAAAGUAGCCACAUCAUUGCUGCGUUUGUUAUGAUAAUGCAUUUAUUUAUUUAUUUUUUUUGUACAGAGAAAAUAUCCUAGCUAGGUUUCUGGUUGUGACGACUGCUAUCAUCUAGCUAAACGCUGGAACUAGCUGACAUGAGUUGGCCCAUUUUCUAGAAUAACUACUACUCGUGUAACGAAGCAAUCAAAGUGUUGUUUUUAUUGCAUGAAGGACUGAGUGCCGUGGUAGAAAAGUACAGUGAUAUACCGUCAAAAAAUAUCUCCCUGUAUUUUUUAUUUUUUAUACACUGACGUCUGGUAAUGAAAUAUUCUAGAUGGGACCAUUUGAAUAACAAAACAAAUGUAUGGUAACUAUUGUUUAUAUGCAUUUCAAUAAGUGUUGCUGUGUAGAUCAUGAUAAGGGGCGUGUGUGUGUGUGUGUGGACCAUGUGCAGUUCAUAACAUUUCAACCAUAUGUAUCUCUUGCCCCAGUGUCUUCCCUGGCUGGCUGCUUCAUUCUAUGUGCCUGAUAUUGGGCUUGGUUUAGACUAGCUCCUCAGCCAGUAGGUUUAUCAGGCCAGUCCAGGUGCAUUUUCCAAACUUCUAGUCAUGUAAUAUAUGUUUCACUAUGGGAAGAAACAUAACAACAACAACAACAACAACAACAAUCCCCAAAGUGAUGUUUUUACUACACAUUUGUGAAUUAAUGUAGGUUGGGGGGGGAGCAAGCUGAGGUUUGAAAACUUAUCUGGGACUUUUAACUCUUGUUUCAAAUGUCUUAUCAGCCAAAGAUAGCCAUUCUCCAUAUUCUGAUCUGAUAGCCUAAGAUGAGAUCAUGCCUCUGCUCUGCCUCUUCCCACUCAUGACUAAUGUUGUCUUCCACAGCAGUGAGGAGAAGAGGGAGGACGUCAACCAGAAUCAGAGCUCCAACGACAAGGACCCUAAGACACACAGCAAGCCCAAGAAGGUGAGGAGGGAUGUGGAGAAGGAGAUGCUGGAGUCUUCAUCCUCCCCUCCUCCUCCUCCUCCAGCCCAGCAGCCCUGUUCAGACCAGGACCAGCUCCAGCUAGCGGAUGCUGAGGCGGGGCCCUCGGAGCCCAUGGUCGCUGCAGCUGGCGAGGCCUCGGGUCUCUCUGAGUCCUCUCCUUCGCCCAAACAGAGGAGGUCCAUCAUCAGGGACCGAGGUCCGCUCUACGACGACCCCUCUCUACCCCAGGGCUGGACACGUAAACUCAAACAACGCAAGUCUGGGCGGUCCGCUGGGAAGUUUGACGUCUACUUGAUGAACCCCGAGGGGAAAGCUUUCCGAUCCAAGGUGGAACUGAUCGCCUACUUCCAGAAGGUUGGGGACACCACCACCGACCCCAACGACUUCGACUUCACCGUAACCGGGCGUGGCAGCCCCUCCCGCCGCGAGAAGAGACCCCCGAAGAAACCCAAAGUGGUGAAACCGUCGGGGAGGGGCAGGGGCCGGCCGAAGGGGAGUGGAAAGCUACGCCCGGCUACGGAGGGUGUGGCGAUGAAGCGUGUGGUGGAGAAGAGUCCUGGGAAGCUCCUGGUUAAGAUGCCGUUUGGAGCGUCCAAGGCAUCCGAGACAGCUGGGCAGACAUCGGAGCUGGUCGUAGUCACCAAGAAGCGCCCGGGACGGAAAAGGAAAGCGGAGAUACCACCGCAGACUGCUCUGAAAAAGCGGGGGUGUAAGCCAGGGUCGGGGGUGACUGGGUCGACGCUGUCAGCAGUUUCUGGUACGGCGGGUUCCAGUACUUCCUCAUACGCAGCGGCUGCUAUCAUGGUCGCAGAAGCCAAGAGGAAAGCUCAGAAGGAUUCUUCCGCUAAGCCGGUGCAGCAGACCGCUCUGCCCAUCAAGAAACGCAAGACCAGAGAAACUGUUGAGGAGACUAAGGAGACUCCAGCCAUCACCACGCCACUGCUCGGGGCAGGGGGUGGUGGUGGGGCAGGAACUGUGAUGGGGACAGGGAAUGGUGAUGGGGCUGGAACUAUGAUAGGGAUGGGUGCAGGGAGUGGUGUUGGGGCAGGAACUGGGAGUGGUGGUGGGGCAGGAACUGGGAUGGGAACAGGGAGUGGUGUUGGGGCAGGACCUGGGAGUGGUGGUUGGGCAGGACCCGGGACGGGAACAGGGAGUGGUCUGGCUGUGGUGGCAACAGAAGGGACAGAGCAGGGACACAAGCUGCCAAAGAGUCCAGGGAGGAAGCACAAGGACAGUCCCCUGGCAGCAACGGUUACCACGGAGACCAGCGGUGUGUCUGAAAGGUGGCCCAGCGGAGGCAGCAGUGGUAUCACUACUCCAAAGAGCCACAGCCACAAGAGAAAGGAGCGUACGCCGCACAAACACCAUCACCACCACCGUCACCGUCACACACACUCCUCUGUAGUGGAGGAUCAUCCUCAACCCUCCCAGCGGCCCCCUCACCACCACUUCCCCGGCCUGACUAUGGGGCUGGUCUCCCAUACAGCCAGGUCCUCGGUGGGGCCAGGGGCCCUCCAACAGAACAAGCCCCAGGACCUGAGCACCUCUAGGGGACCCUGCCGGGCCAGCAGCAGGCCAGAGGGCCAAACCACGACCAGAGGAGAGAGGGGAGAGGUCAGCUCGGCUGCGGUGGUAGUAGUGGGAACGAGUGACACCAGAGGUAACAGAAAUCGAGCAGACGAGGCAGCGGGGACAGUGGUAGGGAGGGAUUUGAGAGACAUUGUACCCUCCUCAGCAGUACCAAGGCCCAGCAGAGAGGAGACCGUCUCUGCUGUGCCCAGACCCAGCCGGGAGGAGACGGUCUCUGCUGUGCCCAGACCUAGCCGGGAGGAGACGGUCUCUGCUGUGCCCAGACCCAGCCGGGAGGAGACGGUCUCUGCUGUGCCCAGACCUAGCCGGGAGGAGACGGUCUCUGCUGUGCCCAGGCCCAGCCGGGAGGAGACGGUCUCUGCUGUGCCCAGACCUAGCCGGGAGGAGACGGUCUCUGCUGUGCCCAGACCUAGCCGAGAGGAGACGGUCGAGUCUCGGACACCGGUCACUGAAAGGAAGCCUUUGCUUAAAAUCUCACAGGAAGUGAAGGACCUGCACUUCCGGUGUCAUCAUCAGACGGAAACCAUGGUAACCACGAUGAUGACUCAUGAACCUCAAUCAUUCAGUUCUUCACUGUGGUUUUAAGAUAGCGUAUAUAAAAUUUGAAAAAAAAAGGCAUGUGUCCUGUCUGUAGUUCGCUCACAGGUGGUCUUUUCCUGCGUUGUGGCUAGAAGCGGCACAACGCACAUACACAGCUUCCACUGCUUCUUCUUCUUCUGUUGUAGCAUCCUCUGUUUACUGCAGUACGCUCAGCGUCCAGUCCCAUAGGGCACCCUAUUCCCUAAUAAUAAGAUGCUUUUGACCAGAACCUUAUGGGCCCUGGUCUGAAGUAGUGGGCUGGAAGUAGUGCACUGAAUAGGGAAUCAUUUGGGACACAGUUGUGUUUCCAGUCCUUGCUCCACAGUCAGCAUAUUAAUUUAGGUGACAUAUGUUUUCCUCGUUGGCCUAUAUUAUGUAGAUGCCAAGUCUUCUCUGUGUGUGUGUGUGUGUGUGUGUGCGUGUGUGUGAUGUCGAUCAUCUCCUUCUAUAUACAGUAGUCUCCGUCUGAAACAGCAGCCUAUUCCCUACACAGGGAGAGACAAGUAUUCUCCCCAAGCAGGCUGGAGGUUUUUUUUCUCUUCCACUUCACACAGAGACAAGAGGUACUUGAUGAUCAGAGAGAUUAUGAUUAAGUUAGAAUGUUAAUGUGGCCCAGGCAGCAAUAGGGCUGAGUAUAUAGGAUGUUGAUGUGGCCCAGGCAGCAAUAGGGCUGAGUAUAUAGGAUGUUGAUGUGGCCCAGGCAGCAAUAGGGCUGAGUAUAUAGGAUGUGGCCCAGGCAGCAAUAGGGCUGAGUAUAUAGGAUGUGGCUCAGGCAGCAAUAGGGCUGAGUAUAUAGGAUGUUGAUGUGGCCCAGGCAGCAAUAGGGCUGAGUAUAUAGGAUGUUGAUGGGGCCCAGGCAGCAAUAGGGCUGAGUAUAUAGGAUGUGGCCCAGGCAGCAAUAGGGCUGAGUAUAUAGGAUGUGGCCCAGGCAGCAAUAGGGCUGAGUAUAUAGGAUGUUGAUGGGGCCCAGGCAGCAAUAGGGCUGAGUAUAUAGGAUGUUAAUGGGGCCCAGGCAGCAAUAGGGCUGAGUAUAUAGGAUGUGGCCCAGGCAGCAAUAGGGCUGAGUAUAUAGGAUGUGGCCCAGGCAGCAAUAGGGCUGAGUAUAUAGGAUGUGGCUCAGGCAGCAAUAGGGCUGAGAAUAUAGGAUGUUAAUGGGGCCCAGGCAGCAAUAGGGCAGAGUAUAUAGGAUGUUGAUGGACCAGCAAUAGGGCUGAGUAUAGACCUUCUCCAAUUAUCCCAAAUGUCACCCUGUUCCCUGUAUAGUGCAGUAAUCUUUACCAGAGCCCUGUGGGCCACCUAAAGUAGUGUACUACAAAGGGAAGGGGGUGCCAUUUGGGACGGAAGACAGAAGCUUUGAAAUGGAAACCUCUUGAUGCAGACAUAACUUCCUAUCUGAAUGGUUGAGGUGAUGAAACCCCAGGGUUUUAGAGGCCUAGAUACACCAAUGAUGUGUGGUGGCUCACAUUGUUCGCCAAGUGACUAGGUGUUGCCAGCAGUUUGAUGACCUCUACUGAAAAACAAGUUGAAUCGUCUUUCAAGGCUUUAAGAAUUCAAAUUCUACUGAUGUUUUGGAAGUUGUGUCGUCCCACAGAAAAUAACAGGAUUCAUUUAAACCUAUACGUUUUCCCCAGUAACAUGAAUUAGCCAGUAAAAUGGACAAUUUUACCCAAUCACUCCUAAAUGGAACUGUUUCCCAGAGUCGGAUAGGAAGCUAAAAAAAGCACAACAGGACCCAAGACAUGAUUAUGGACGCGCCAUAGAUUUCUGGACCCCAGUCCUGUAUUUUGUCAAUACCUAUCAGAAGGUUUCUGAUAUUAAAAUUAUUUACAAAAUAACAUAAAAAAAACCCAACCCCACUGAAGAAAUUUGUUUUUCUGUUUGAAAAAAAAAAAAAAAAAAAAAACAUGUCAUGAAUUUAUAUAUAUAUAUAUAUAUAUAAUUCUGUUUUAAGAAUUAUUUUAAAUUAGAAGAUGUAUUGUUUUGACCAGGAAUGUGUCUGUCUCCAGCUUUGACGUAGGACUUAUAUCAUCACCCAGACUCCUUUCUGCAUGCAACAGGACUAGCCUAUUUAUCCGUGACUUCAUGAAUCUUGGUGUUAGACUCGUGGGUUUUCUUUAGUUUAAACUCACAGGUGGGUAGUCAAAAGAUAUGGCGUGGGGGGGGGGGGACGGGACGGGACGGGACGACUACUCUUGUCACUGGUGUUGCCAGUGACAUAGUCAUCAGAUUUCAAAUGUAUGUUUUGGAGUUCAAUCAAAUCUGCAGUGACCAGAAACCAGAAUCACUGCGCAAACAUAGCAAGCGUGUUUUGAUUACAACAAGAAUGAAAUCUGUUUUGUCAAUCCCCCCUCCCCCCCCCCCCCCCCCCCCCCCCCCCCCCAGCCCAUUGAACAAUGUCUUGCUAAUUACAUUAGAUAAAACCAUACACUUUUUCUUCUGACUCAAGAACAAAUGUUUGAAUGAAUUCUAGCCUACGCUCAAUCCCUCUUGCACAAGUACUUCCAUCAAUGUAACGCCCCUAUCUAGAAUUAACAUUGUUUAAAAGACUAACUUUUUAAAAAAAAACGUGUCCUUGCACGAGAGAUCUAUUUGUUAGUGACUUUU